AAACAGUUUACCUCAGAGGACUUUGGUUUCUUUCUCUCUGCAGAAAAGUUCAAACUCUCCACGAAACAGCAUAGAAACACUCCAUCAUCAUGUCCCUUCUCACCCACCUGUUGGCGUGCCUCUUCGGGAUGGGCUCCUGGGUCUCCAUCAACGGCCUCUGGGUGGAGCUGCCCCUGAUUGUCCCCCAGAUCCCAGAGGGUUGGUAUCUGCCCUCUUACCUCUCUGUCCUCAUCCAGAUGGCUAAUGUUGGGCCUCUCUUCGUCACUCUGAUGCAUCGCUUCCGGCCCGGCGCUCUGAAUGAGACGGCUGUCAUAUAUGUGAUCAUCGGCCUGGGUACUGUGGCGAGCUUCCUGCUGGGUUUCUUCUGGAAGGAGACUGUUGUUGUAGCGGGAGUUCCUCGCAGUGUAGCCCUCCUUGUCUUAACUUUUUUCCUCUCGACUGUUGACUGCACCUCCUCCGUCACCUUCCUGCCCUUCAUGAUGCGUCUCAAGCCCCAGUAUCUGACCACCUACUACAUCGGGGAGGGUGUGAGCGGCCUGCUGCCGGCUCUGGUGGCUUUGAUUCAGGGUGUUGGGGUGCUCCACUGCAUAAACAACACAGAGACUUUAAACCACACCCUGAUCUCCUCCAACAGCUCUGUGACCUUCGAUCUCCAGGCCCAGUAUCAACCAGCCAACUUCUCAGCUGAGGUGUUCUUCUUCUUCCUCAGUGCCAUGAUGCUGGUCUGCCUGGUGGCGUUCCUGCUGCUGAACUACCACCCAUCUGUGGCCAGGGAGCUUCCCAAAGGUCGAUACACCAACGGGGUCAUAGAGAAAUCUCAGAAAAACAGAAGGUGGGCCGAGCAGAACUCCAUGUUGGAUCCAUACAGACCUGCAGACCUGAGAAGCAGCUUCGGCACUGGCACUUACAGCUGGAUGCAGGUGUUCUAUAUCUUUGCGAUCCUGGCCUGGGCAAACGCUCUGACCAACGUGGUGCUUCCCUCCGUGCAGUCUUACUCGUGCAUGCCGUACGGGAACAACGCCUAUCACUUAUCAGCCACCAUGGCUGCUGUGUCGAACCCGCUCGCCUGCUUCAUCGCCAUGUUCUUCCCUAUAAGAUCUCUGCUGCUGAUGGGAGCUCUCACAGUGAUAGGCAGUGGAGCUGGAGCUUACAUAAUGGGCAUGGCAGUGCUGAGUCCAUGUCCACUGCUGGUUAAUGAAACCUCAGGUGACGUCAUCAUUGUGUUGUCCUGGAUCCUCUUUGUUCUCACUCUGUCCUACGUGAAGGUGAUCAUCGGGGUGAUCCUGCGUGACGAGGGCCACAGCGCUCUCGUGUGGUGUGGGGCUGUGGUGCAGCUGGGCUCCCUGCUGGGAGCUGUGACCAUGUUUCCAGUGGUCAGUGUGUACAGCUUCUUCUCAUCAGGAGACCCAUGCAACACAAAAUGCCCCUAAAUGAAUGAAGAAGUCAAACAGCAGAGCCUGGAGGCAGAUACAGAGAAGACGUGACAGGUUUCACGUCUUUGUUAUGUAGAUAUUUAAAGGAGGAAGUCUAUCCGUUGUUGUUUUAUAUCUUGAUUUAUUUACUUCAUUUCUGUUUAUUACGAUAAAAACAAACUACACAAAUAUAAGGACAUAAAUACAAGCGAGACAGGAGAACACUUGAAAUGACUUUGAAUGGCGAAGGUGAAGGUGCUGUUAAAGGAUGCAGUUUGGACACAUCUUUUUAGGUCUUCAGCCGGGAACAAACAUCCACUGAAGUGUGAGCGUUAACAAAUUAACUAAUAUAUGAUUAUCUGUGAGUAUAAGAGCAGCGAGGACAGUACAGUGGACCUGAACAGGAGCAAGCUGGACCGGAAACUCCAGCAGAACAACAGGAAAGAGCUGGAGUGGCGUGGACAACAUCACUGGAUUCACCCUCCCUCCGCCCAACUCAUCCGCCUCCUCCACUGGGGAUCAGUUUAGUAUUUUUGACUCUGAUAAAACUGAAACGAGAUCACUCGUUCGUGAUGUCUUAGGUUCAGUCUGUUGAAGUGUCAAGUAUCUUUCUGUUUAUACGUGACUGUAAAAGUUCAGUGUUACAUUUGACUAC